AUGCAAAUGAUUCAAAUGCAAACACCACAACAUCCAGCCAUAAUGAAUAAUAAUCAAUUACAAGGUAAUUAUGCUCGUCGUAAUAGUCAACAAUCAAUGAGUAUGAUAGAACAAAAUGCAUCAAAUAUAUAUCCAAUGCAACAUGGAAUUCACUAUAAUUAUAUGGAAUAUCAUGAAGGAAUGAUGUUACCUAAUCAAUGGUAA